AUGGAUCAUCCGACGGUGAGCCCAUUCCAGUCCACGGAGAAAGCCCCCACGUCGGUGGUAUCACCAAUAACAUCAGCAGCAGCACAGGCCUCUGCGAAGAAAUGGAACCAGUUCAAGGACUCGUUCAGGCCUGCGCAGAACGAGGACCCCUUUGCAGGCUCAAACGUGUUUGUGUAUCGCUCAGAGAUCCAGCUUGACGAGGAUAAGGAGAACCUGACCGACCUACAGAAGGCCGCGAUAAACUCGUCAAAGACCCAGAUGAAACAGAAGUUGCUACCGAGACACCUGGCGAUGUUCAUCAUCGGCGGCACCGUUGGCCUGGGGCUGUUUGUGAAUUCCGGAGGUGCGCUGGCCACCGGUGGGCCAGCUUCUCUGGUCAUCGGCUGGUCAAUAGUGUCGGCCAUGAUCUUUGUGACCAUGCUCGCGCUUGCAGAGCUCAGCGUGGCGUUUCCAGUGACUGGAGGGUUCGUCACGCUGACGACCAGGUUCAUAGACCCAUCGCUGGGGUUCGCACUGGCCUGGAACUACAUGUUCAACUGGAUGGUUGCCCUGCCGGUGGCUCUGGUUGGUGCUGCUAUAACCAUCCGAUUCUGGCGUGACGAUAUCAAUGCCGAUGUAUGGGUAGCCGUGUUCUUCGUGUUCAUAGUGUUCUUGAACAUGUUACACUUGAAGCACUAUGCAGAGUUGGAGGCCUUGUUGGCACUGGUGAAGGUGCUGGCAAUCGUGGGCUUCUUCAUCUUGGGGAUCGUCCUGACAUGUGGUGGUGGGCCACAAGGAGGUUACAUUGGUGGGAGAUACUGGCACGACCCAGGUGCCUUUGCUAAUGGGUUUAAAGGCGUAUGCUCCGUGUUUGUCGCUGCAGCUUUCUCGUUUGCAGGCGUUGAAAUCAUUUCAAUGACUGCUCCUGAAACCAUAGACCCAGAAACUGCGAUACCAAAGGCUGCAAAGAGAACCUUUUGGUUCAUAUCGUUAUCCUAUAUAGCCAUUCUUACACUUAUUGGUUGCCUUGUGCCUUAUGACUCUGAUAAGCUGUGGGACGGUGAUUCCUAUGGAUCUAUUUCGCCAUUCGUCAUUGCAAUUCAGAACGCUGGAAUAAGCGGACUGCCAUCGCUGAUGAACGUUGUCAUCAUCCUUGCAGUGCUGUCCAUCGCAAAUACAGCAGUCUAUGCCACUUCCCGUGUUUUGUCUGCAAUGGGCGAUAUCGGCCAUGCCCCUGCAAUACUAUCGUACGUUGACAGGACAGGAAGACCAUUGGUGGCCAACAUCGUGACGUUUGUAUUUGGACUCUUGUCGUUUCUCGCAGCCUCAGAUAAAGAGAACGACGUGUUUCUAUGGUUCUCUGCUUUGACAUCACUGUGUACAAUCUUCGCCUGGAUGGCAAUUUGCUGGUGCCAUAUUAGGUUCAGACAGGCUCUAAAACUACACGGAAGAGGCACUGAUGAGUUAUCGUACGCUUCACCUCUGGGGGUUUGGGGAUCAUUGUUUGGACUGGUGAUGAAUGUGCUAGUUAUCAUGGGCCAAUUCUGGGUUGCACUGUUCCCUGGAAGCUCGGCAGAUGCAAAGUCAUUCUUUGAAGUUUUCCUUUCAUUAUGUAUACUUAUUGCAUUCUAUGUGGGCCACAGACUAUGGAAGAGAAACAAGAGUUGGUUCAUACGAACCCAUGAGAUGGAUAUCGAUACAGGCCGGAAACACUAUGAUAUUGAACUCUUGAAACAGGACAUUUUUUACGAGAGGGAGCGUAUCAACAAUUCACCAUUCUACUACAGGAUAUACAAACUACUCUGUUGA